GAGCGAGAGAGGCGCUGUGUCUUUAAGAGAGGAUGCCAAAGCCGAUUACAUUUGAUCUCAACAGUGAUUCUCUCUCGCCGUCUGUCCACUACUAUUGCUUAUUUUGCUCUACUGCAUGAGCUAAACGCAUUGACGCACAGCGUUGUUCGUCGGGGUUUGAACUUUUCUUCUGGCCAGAAAUGGAUUGGACUCCGAAUUCGUUUGGAUGAGUCGCUUAUGAGCAGUGCGCGUCGGCUCGGCAACUUUCUCGUGCGCAUUUCUCCACACACCCGAGGUGGAAAGUUAAAAUCACAUGGGAUAUGGUGACAAACAAGUGAAUACACAUUAAACCAAGACGGAAAAUGCAGAAGAGUGUUCGGUACAAUGAGGGACACGCUCUGUAUCUCUCCGUUAUCGCGCGUAAAGAGGGCACCAAGCGAGGUUAUCUCAGCAAGAAGACCACCGAAAACAGUAAAUGGCACGAGAAGUUUUUUGCACUUUAUCAGAAUGUUUUAUUUUACUUCGACACCGACCAGAGCGCUCGACCAUCAGGGAUUUAUCUUUUGGAAGGAUGCACAUGUGAACGAGUCCCUGCACCCAAGGUGUCCACCGUUGGCAGAGAGACUCUUGACAAGCUGCAUUAUUUCCUGGUCAUCUUCGGGCAUGAUGGACAGAAGCCUCUGGAACUGCGGACAGAGGAGGAGUCAGACUGUGAUGAAUGGGUGGAGGCCAUCCAGCAGGCCAGCUACUCUGACAUCAUCAUCGAGCGUGAGGUUCUCAUGCAGAAGUACAUCCAUCUGGUGCAGAUUGUGGAGACAGAGAAGGUGGCAGCCAAUCAGCUCCGCACACAACUGGAAGACCAAGACACAGAGAUUGAGAGGCUUAAAGCUGAGAUUAUAGCCUUGAACAAAACUAAGGAAAGAAUGCGUCCCUACCACGUAUACCAGGAAGAGGAGGAUCCUGAUAUUAAAAAAAUAAAAAAGGUCCAGAGCUUCAUGCGAGGGUGGCUUUGUAGAAGAAAAUGGAAGAUUAUUGUGCAGGACUACAUCUGUUCUCCUCAUGCUGAGAGCAUGAGGAAGAGGAAUCAGAUCGUCUUCAACAUGGUGGAGGCUGAGACAGAGUACGUCCAUCAGCUUUACAUCCUGGUCAACUGCUUCCUGAGGCCGCUCAGAAUGGCCGCCAGCUCCAAGAAACCACCCAUUAACCACGAUGAUGUCAGUAGCAUCUUCCUUAACAGUGAGACAAUCAUGUUUCUACAUGAAAUAUUCCAUCAGGGACUGAAGGCGAGGAUAGCAAACUGGCCCACACUGAUCCUAGCGGAUCUCUUUGAUAUCUUGCUGCCAAUGCUGAACAUCUAUCAGGAGUUUGUGAGGAACCACCAGUACAGUCUUCAAGUUCUGGCCAACUGUAAGCAGAAUCGGGACUUUGACAAACUCCUGAAGCAGUACGAAUCAAACGCUGCGUGUGAGGGGAGGAUGCUGGAAACGUUCCUCACGUACCCCAUGUUUCAGAUCCCUCGUUAUAUCAUCACUCUCCAUGAGCUACUGGCUCAUACACCUCAUGAGCAUGUGGAAAGGAAAAGUCUAGAGUUUGCCAAGUCUAAACUGGAAGAACUCUCCAGGGUGAUGCACGAUGAAGUGAGUGAUACAGAAAACAUCCGUAAGAACCUGGCUAUUGAGCGCAUGAUCGUGGAGGGCUGUGACAUCCUCCUUGACACCAGUCAGACGUUUGUGAGACAAGGCUCUUUGAUCCAGUUACCCUCAGUGGAGAGAGGGAAGCUCAGUAAGGUGCGACUAGGCUCUCUCUCAGUAAAGAAGGAAGGAGAGAGACAGUGUUUCCUCUUCACCAAGCACUUCCUUAUCUGCACACGCAGCUCAGGAGGCAAACUUCACCUGCUCAAACAAGGUGGUGUGCUGUCUCUGAUUGACUGCACUCUCAUCGAGGAGCCUGAUGCCAACGAUGAAGAUGCUAAGAAUUCAGGACAGGUGUUUGGUCACCUGGACUUUAAGAUUGUGGUCGAGCCCUCAGAUGCUCCUGCCUUUACUGUGGUAUUGCUGGCACCGUCCCGUCAGGAGAAAGCAGCCUGGACCAGUGACAUCAGCCAGUGCAUUGAUAACAUCCGCUGUAACGGCCUGAUGACCAGCGUGUUCGAGGAGAACUCAAAAGUCACAGUGCCGCAUAUGAUCAGAUCCGAUGCGCGUCUCCAUAAAGAUGAUGUUGACAUUUGCUUCAGUAAGACGCUCAACUCCUGCAAGGUUCCUCAGAUCCGCUACGCCAGCGUGGAGAGGCUUCUGGAGAGGCUGACCGACCUGCGAUUCCUCUCCAUAGACUUCCUUAACACAUUCCUGCACACCUACCGGAUCUUCACCACCGCCAUCGUGGUCAUGGAGAAACUGGCUGACAUCUACAAGAAGCCUUUUACCUCCAUACCAGUCAGGGUCCAGUAUCAUUCAUUUGACCGCUUGUCCAUUACAUCCAUCUGCCCAGACUACAGCCUGAAGAUCAGGAAGAUAGCACUGGAUCAGUCAAAAUCCCUGGAGCUUUUCUUCGCCACCAACCAAAACAACCGCAGCGGGGACCACGUAAAUGACAAAUCCCCCAGACUGUGUCGCAAGUUCUCAUCUCCUCCACCUCUCUCCAUCCCCUCCCGUACUUCCUCUCCGGUUCGCAUCAGGAAACUCUCUCUUAAUUCCCCUAUUGGCUCAAAAGUAGGCAUCCUAGAUCUGUCCACGACCUCUUUAUCGGCAGCCAGUAGUCCAACCUCUGCAAACCCCACCAUCUCACCCCCACCAUCCAACAACAACAACAACAACAAGCCCCCUUUGGAUCCAAGCCAUGGACAAAGUCCAUCCUCCCCUGAACAGAGCCCUGGGGAUCUGGAUGAGAAUGCUGAGGUGCCACGAAUCGAUGCUCUCUGUGGUAAACUGCGACGCAGCAUCAGGAGAGGUGUGCUGGAUUCAGUUUCUUUGGACAAAUUUAUUCCAGAGUCUCCACAAGGCAGUGAACCGGGAGAAAUCUCUCCCUGUCGCUCACCCUCCACUCCACGCCACCUCCGCUACAGACAGUCAGGAGUCCAGUCAGCUGAGAACUCACGCUGCUCUGUUUCUCCAGCCUCUGCGUUUGCUAUCGCCACAGCAGCAGCUGGACACAGCAGCCCUCCAGUUUUUAACAAUUCUGAGCGGACUUGUGACAAGGAGUUCAUUAUACGCCGUGCGGCUACCAACAGAGUCCUGAAUGUCCUGCGCCAUUGGGUCUCCAAACACUCCCAGGACUUUGAAAUGAAUGGAGAGCUGAAGAUGGGUGUGAUCUGCCUGCUAGAGGAGGUGUUGAGAGACCCUGACGUUCUUCCCCAGGAGAGGAAAGCCACAGCAAAUAUACUAAGUGCCCUUUCUCAAGAUGACCAGGAUGAUGCACAACUGAAGAUUGAAGACAUUCUUCAGAUGGCUGAAUGCCCAAAGGCUGAGUGUUUCGAAUAUCUGUCAGCGAUGGAGCUAGCUGAACAAAUCACUCUUCUCGAUCACAUCGUCUUCAGGAGCAUUCCCUAUGAGGAGUUCCUUGGCCAAGGAUGGAUGAAGACAGACAAGACGGAGAGAACUCCAUACAUCAUGAAGACAAGUCAGCACUUCAAUGAUAUGAGUAAUCUCGUGGCCUCUCAGAUCAUGAGCCACACAGAUGUGGGCUCUAGAGCCAGCUCUAUUGAAAAAUGGAUAGCAGUGGCUGAUAUUUGCCGCUGUCUCAACAACUAUAAUGGUGUCUUGGAGAUCACAUCUGCCCUGAACCGGAGCGCCAUCUACAGGCUAAAGAAGACAUGGGCUAAAGUGUGCAAACAGACUAAAGCACUGAUGGACAAACUUCAAAAGACUGUGUCAUCUGAGGGAAGGUUUAAAAACCUGAGGGAAACUCUAAAAAACUGUAAUCCACCUUGUGUUCCAUAUCUGGGGAUGUACUUGACGGACCUCGCAUUUAUCGAAGAGGGAACCCCAAACUUCACAGAAGAAGGACUGGUUAACUUCUCUAAGAUGAGAAUGAUAUCUCAUAUCAUACGGGAGAUCCGACAGUUCCAGCAAACUCCCUACAGAAUUGAGCACCAACCAAAGGUCACACAGUAUCUUCUGGAUAAGACCUUGAUUAUGGAUGAAGACACACUGUAUGACUUGUCUCUCAAGAUUGAACCAAGGCUUCCUGCAUGAACUACAACCUCAGUUCCUGGCAACUUCCAUCUUGAUGUGCUUCUCACUCUUGGGAUCUUUUGAAGGCAUGAAGCAUGCCUUGUGUUUGAGGAAGAGGGACGUGAAGGAGGGAGGGAAAAUGUCCAUUUGAAAGUGUGGAAGGCAGAGGGUCCAGGUUUGGAGGAGAGUAUUAAAGAGUGCUCACCAUCACAAUGUCCCCUGAAGGGUGACUUUUAUCAUGGAAAAGAAUGUCAGAUGAAAACUGACCACUGUCAGAGGUCAGGGUUCAUGAGUGAGUUUAAGAGUCUAGCAGAUGGAUUCAGUCUAAAUUGUGAAGAGAAUGGGUGAAGAUAUGUAGCAUGUACAGAAGUAGAGCUAUUAGCCAGAUCGUAUGUAGUGUAUUGUGGCCCACAUGGGCCUGUGGCCCCUGGCACAUCCCCUCAUUGGUAAUGGUAGUGGCUUUGUGCAUGAACUAGACUGUGGGUUUGCUGUGUGCUUUGCCUCAACUUUACACUCCAUGUGUCGUCCCAUCUGCCAACAGCUGGCUGCACUCAACCAAAAUGCCACAUAAAAUUUUUAAAAGAUACAUCAGACUUCUAAAUAAUGAGAAUGUAGUAGCUUUCUAAAAAACUAACCAGCUCUAGAUUAUAUUGAUAUUUAAAAAAAGCAACUGAUUUAUAAAGCACUCACAUAGCUUCAUUGUGCCUUCUCAUAUUCACAGAGACUUGUAAAUGAAGCCAAUGUCUCUGCGAUGCUUGAAAGUUAUGAUAUUAGCAGAAUAUUGGCCUCUGUAGCAAAGUGAUGACAAAACGGUGAUAUUCAUACUAUUUAAACCUGUAAACGCAAAUAUAAUGAGCAUUUUCUGCAAAAAUUCAGUAUAAAGGCCCAUUUAUACCAAGGACGAUAAUGAUAAAGAUGUAUUUUUAAGAAUCAUUCUAAAUUCUAAGUCCACACUGCAACUAUUGUGGUAAGAAAUGGCGAUAUUGUUGAAAUCACUUUCUGAAUGUUUUCCAGCUUUUUGAAUGAAAAAAACAUCAUACAUUAAAGAGCUGAGCAUUUUAAGAGGCAGACAACAGAACUGCAGUGCAUGGUUGACAUAAACAACAUUAACGUUCUUUGGUGUGGAUGCUUAUAUAUUAUCUCUAUUAUUAUUGUUUUUAAUGUGAAUGGGCUUUAAUGUUAAAAUAUCUUAAAUGCCUCGGUGUGCAGAUAUAACACACUUAAAUUAGGUUGACAUAUGCUUGUGCAUUGCAAACUUUUUCUAAUCUGAUUUUACAAUAAUUUAGGGCUUUGCUGCCCCCUAUUGGAGGAAAAGCUCAUUAUUUUUAAACGAUUCUUAAAGGGGUCCUGUUAUGCUUUUUCACUUUUUAAUUUUAGUUGAGAUGUAGUGUGUAUGUUUGGCCAUAAAAAAAGUUCUACAAAGUUACAAAUCUCAAAGUCUAAUCCAAACGGAGAUAUCGUGACUUCACAAAGCGUUCCAUUAGAAUAUCGAAUAUGGAAAUUUCGAAUGGCUGUGGGGGUGGGGAGGGGUGAGGUCCUGGUUAAAACGCUUGGUUGAGUGCAGCAGACAAGACGACGACGACGAAGUGCUGCUGCAGAGUUAGUGCAUCAGAGAAAAUAAAGAAGAAGAAGAGCUGCUCUAGCAUCAAGUUUUCGACAUGUCUAAAGUUUGUCGCACACCAGACGAGAAGCGCAGCACUACGUCUAGAUCAAUUCUUACAACAAGUACAACACGAUGUAGCUGGGUGCUGUGGACAGUUGCUGAACGGCACAGCCGGUGUGUAUACACUCAUAGAAAAUAAUGUGUUUGAAUUUUAAAGACGUAGCUUGAUGCAACUCUGCGCAACACUUCUCGUUCGGUGUGCAACCGUCUUAAGAAAUGCUUUUUGUUUUAACCUCCGUGCCCAAACGUCUUUCUUUGGGUUUCCAUGGUGCAAUUUAUUUUUAACUCUGUUCCUGAGCAUUAUUACCCCAAUUUACUAUUGUGUGCUGCACAUUUUACUGAGAACAACUUCCACAGCAUGAGGAAGUACAGUGCUGGUUUCGCCAAAAAACGUAUGUUGAAAGACGAACCAAGGAGUAUGGAAGUACUGAAACACAGUCUAAGCUGUUCACCAAUCACAACGCACCGGGACAGCCAACCAAUCACAACGCAUUUCAUUUUAUGGAAAGCAAGCCUCAAACCCAGAAGUGAUUGGGCCGUUUGUGCCAGGCUGGGGAGAAAGAUACAUUAAUAAUGUAAAUUAUGUGAAAAAUAAUGCAUUUUUCGAGCCCCCAAGCAUGAGAGCAUGUUUUAGUACACACCCAAAACAAAAUCAAGUCUUUGUAAAAGAGCAUAAUAAGACCCCUUUAAACAAAUGACUGGGAUCGAAUUUUGACCCGCAAGUUCUUCAAUAAUCAAUGUUUUCCUGCUUUUGAAUAUCAUGACCCCACUGGCCAGCUAUCCAGAAAAGAGGGUCUCUCCAUUAUUUGCAUGAAAAAUACAGUGAUCGCAUGUUGGAAAAUGCAUUGCAAGACAUGUUUUGUGCUCAUGUGUCAUUCAGCUGCUGUGUAGCCUUUUUAAACUCUCUAGAAACCUCAAGUAAAACAGAUACAUACAUAUAUUUAACUUUUCAUCUAACUGCACUUCUCUAUCUAAAUACUUUGAUCAUAAUAGCUGGAUAUUUCAUAUGCAUAGAUUGGCAAAGAACUGUCAAAUUGGCCAUAUAUAUAUAUAUAUAUAUAUAUGUGUGUGUGUGUGUGUGUGUGUACAUAUGUGUGUGUGUGUAUAUAUUAUAUAUAAACACACACACACACAUCUACCACUGUGCUGUAUGAAGACAAUGUUGUUUUGUCUGAUAUCUCCUUUCUUCAGAGUGGGAUGGAUUUCUAUUAUUUAUUAUUUAUUUCUAUUACGCAUGAGAGCGUAAAGGUGUGAAUGUGAUCUCAGAGGUGAGUGGGUUGGAGAGGUGUGAGUUACACUUUCAUCAAUGUAGCGUUGUUAUCUUUCAAAUAAGUGUGAAUCGGUAGUAUUUAUUUCCUGGCAUAUUUAUUUGACCUUUUGUUGUAUAUACCGUGUUAUUGUGGGUUUAUGACAUAAUGUGAUUUUUGUCCCCAUCCAUCGCCAUUCGAGAUUUCAGAAAGCACUCCUGUAAUUGUUACCUUUUGCCAAAUGUGUUAAGAAAAUGUAGCAUAUCUGAUUCAUUUACAAUCCUUUGUCCCUUUUCUCUUUUAUUCAUGGGUUUAGUGUGUUGUGUACACAGAAUUGUUACUUUGGUAUGUUGCAUGUCUUUGCAUGUUCAGGUUGGAUUCCUUCUGUGAAAAUCUGCUUUCUGUACAUUUCCACAUCAAACUGUUUUUCUUCCUCUUUAUUUUAUCACUGAUUCUCUUGGAGAAUGUACAGUAUGGCUUCUGUGCUUAAAUGCCAUGGUUUCAUUUCAAAUAAACGAAUCAAAC